GAGUAAUCCCACUCCAGCUAACAACUCCUGUGAAGUGCGAGCUAUUUGUGAUUCUUGCACAUGAGACUAAGGCGUGGUUCUCUCAUUUAUUGAACCCUAUGUAAUCUUUUGCAUCUUCUAAUCGCGUCAGAGUGCCGUUAUCAAGCUAUCUUGAAAUAUAUAAUUCUUGUGAUCGGAAGGCAGACGACGGGAAAGCCAUCCCUCCACGAUCAUUGGCUCACCGGCCACUUCCCCCGCGAUUCCCCGUUGAGAUACGCUUGUUCCUCCGCGUAGGAGCUUCUUCCCCUUCUUCCUCACGUCAGAAGCCAUCGUGUCGCGUGCGAUACUGUUUGACUCACGUCAAACGGCUUCAGCUCUUGAAAUAUCGGCUUCGGCGAAAAGAACGACAUGGACAUUGAUACCGCCGUGGGAUUCCACGCUUAGUUCAAGCUUCAGCUCAAAUGAUGCAAUUGCCAACGAAUCAGUCAUUCAAGAGAGUUCGUCGAGGAUAGAUCACGUCGUGUUUGACUAGAAGGAAUAUAUUUGUGAAGUGUCCUCCUACGGCCAACGAUUAUGGUGCAAUGCAGUGUUCAUCCGGGUGUUGUAUUGGUAUGAAUUGAGCCAUUUGCAGCCACAUUUCAUAAUGUCUUCGAGUGUUUUUAGUUUUAUCUUGACCGCCUUGGUCGUUACCUCGGAUUUGACAGGUGUGCAGGGAUUGUGUUAUUUCCCCGCGGCUUUCCAAGGCGAAUUCGUCACCCAGUCUAUUAUGUCUGGUGUGCCAACGAUCUCGUAUUCGUCGCUCUCGAUUCUGUUUGAUUCCAUUCCAAUUUGGGGCGUGUGCCACCGAAGAAUUGGCAACAAUGUCAUUCUCAAGGAUGACACAGGUGGGAUCACGUGCUUCAAAUGCUUCAACCUAGUCCUUCGAUCUUCCAAUGUCCUCCAAGUCCACACUGCGGGCUUGGACAAAUGUUAUACUACGGAGGAAAGGGCCACGGCUGAUUGUCCCAACGAUAUCACGAUCCGAGAAAAACGAACCCGCGAGAUUAUGCUUUACAGAACGAAAGGGUUUAUGGGCGAACCCGCCGUGAGUCCAACCUAUUGUCCCAUCAACGGUGUCUACAGUUUCACGUAUUCCGUGAAUGAUGGCACAGAGAACAGCUUGGAGUGCAAUAGCCACACCUCUGAGAUUGCGGACUGUCCCUAUGGCUUUGGAUUCAAUCUGAAUUUCAAAGAUUGCUCUUUUGGCGAUAUGGAUAUGUCGUUUCACUGUCUGGGUGACUGGGAGGGACCUGAUGGCCAUAGAUAUAUCGCUCUUAUGGAUACCCAAGCCACAUCUCAAGGCGGAUCGCAAAUUGAAGUGGAAACCCGGCCAAGAUACCGUUGUGCUCUUUACACAGAGGAUGCUAACACAGGACAAAUCAACCUGGCCCUGUCUUCGGAUUCCACGUGCACCAACCAUCUUCGUUCAGCCAAAGAUGGUUAUGAAACCCUGACCCUACAACCCCGCCCUAUGGAACCCUGGCCCGCCCACUUGCAGUAUGCUGCUAUUACGGGCAGUUUUGGCGGAUCCUGCGAGCUCCCAGAAUGGAGUCAGGGCAAAUGGGAACAUGUACAUGUUCAAGGUGGAACGGUGAUCCUGAAGGAUCAAUCAGAUUUCAAGACCUACACGGCUCGCUGUGUAGGACAAUUGAGUCCAAUCCACGAGGAUCGGUUCCUCAUCUACGCUCGGACUCAAUGUGGCGACGAGCAUUAUAAAUGCGUUUGGCUGAAAAAUCGUGGGGAAAACGCCAUUGAAUUUCAGAUCGGUACAGACACCUCCGACAGUCAUGACGAGUCUUUGUGCUCCGACGAGAACUUUCCCAACGAAUCCUGGGUCACUCAGGGUCGUACGGAAGUGGUCGACCCCACGCCCUAUCCGAUCAUUGGCGAGUACACCGGGGUCAUCCCUGACACGGACGGUCUAUGCGCCAAGCUCUACUCGGAUUGCAAUAACCCCGAAAUCAUGUUUUACACCAUCUUCAACUGCUUCAACCGAUCCGAGGUGUUCGAAGAGCGUGAAUACAGAUGUUUGGGGGAGUGGCGCGAGGACGGCCUCAUCUACACUUACACCGAACGCCGCGAUAUGAUCGGCUACGAAUGCUUUGUGGGUCUGGUGUCGACCACGAGUCGACCUCGAAAGCGAAUCACUGCCUUACCCUCGUGGCGCCAGAGGGAGCUGAACAAUCUCAUUCCGGGAGCCAGUCGAGCCUCGGCUUCUUUCGCGCACUCAUCGCUGCGUUGGAGUAUUGUAGCUGUGACGGUGGUGUUGACUUGUUUCACGUGAAAGUGUGCCGCCCUGUCUAUCGUAGUUGUUUCUCAAGUGCUGUGACCUACCCCGAGGAAUGUGUUCUCCCAAUCAACUUAUACCAAAGCCAAGAACAACAGUCAGUCUGUCUUCGUUUCCCUUGAUUAUGACCUUUUGAUUAUGAGCCCCAUUCAAUAACCCUUCUCGCCAAUCGUGAGCGAAUGUCAAGCUUGCUUGCGUCAGGCUUGCGUCACUGUCGAGAAAAAUCGUCGUCAACCCAAUCGUUUAUUAUAUAUCUGUGAUAUAUAUGUAGUCUAUUCAUGCAGUUGUUGUCUUAAUCAGAGAUGUUUAUGUAGGUAGCUGGACCCAUCUCCGCGUUCCUUCUCAUGCCAAUACCAAAGCCAGAAGUUACCUCGAUUAUCCCUUCCCCCUUUUAUUCAUCGUGUCUGAUUCAUGUAUCAAUCAACCUCCUGAUCAUUGUCAAAGAAUCAAAUCAUGAUUAUAUUAGUAAGUAAAUGCAUUUUCCAAUCCACCCCCAAAUCCCACUAUCGAUCCCAACAAUCAUUAAUAAUAAAUAUCGAAAAACCUUGGA